CAUAAAUAAAGGGUCCAUAGUGAGAACAAAUUUUAUUUAGAAUUUUUUUCAAAAAAUAUUUUUGCAAUGCCCCCUGGGAAAUUUUUUGAUUUAUUUUAUUUAUCUUGGAACUAAAGACAGUAACUAGUUACAAUGAUGCGGCGAAAUACUUCUAUUUAUCAAAAAUAUUGUUUAAUUAUAUUAGAUUUCUAAAUACCUACUUCCUUUUAAAUCUCUAAGCAACUAGAUUUCACCUUGACCCAGUUUUUCAAAGUUUCUGCAAAAAACUUUUAUGAUGACUUUUUACAAGUUUUCAAGGUCUUUAAAAGCAUAUAUUGAGCUAUCUAUCUUGAAACAUAAAGCCAAUGAUUUAGUGACAAGAUGCUAUCAUACAAAGGAAGGUGUAUUUGGCUAUAAACCUUCGAAACCAAAGGAAUAUGUACUAGAUGCAGCUAUAUCGAAUAAUCGAAUCAAUCAUAGUAACCUGGUGCGUCUGGUGACAGCUUACAGAGAACAUGGGCACAAGAAAGCAAAUAUAGACCCCCUUGGCCUUGCUAAACCUAUGUUGGUACCAGAACUUGAUCUGGCAUCCUAUGGAUUGUCUGAGACUAACACUCACAACUUACAUGGAAUAUUAUAUCAUGGAGCCCAACAAGCUACAACUGCAGAAGUUGUGGAAACGUUAGAAAAAUUAUACUGUGGGGCCAUGUCAAUAGAGUACCACCACUUACAUGAAUUUGAAGAAAGGGAAUGGUUUGCUCAAAAGUAUGAACAAAGUUUUAACACCAAUGUUUUGUCGCCAGAGAGAAAGGUAGACUAUGCAAAACUUAUGCUGAAAUGUCAGGCGUUUGAUCUGUUCUUGGCAAAUAAGUUUACAACUGUCAAGCGAUACGGGGGCGAAGGAGCAGAGAGCAUGAUGGGAUUUUUUGAUGAAGUUUUCUCCUCAUCUUGUGAAUUUGAUGUUGAGGAUGUAGUUAUGUGUAUGCCUCAUAGGGGGCGUCUCAAUCUUCUGGCAACCAUGUUGGAAUUUCCAGCAGUCAUUAUGUUUCAAAAGAUGAAAGGUUUGCCUGAAUUCCCACCCAAUGUAGACUGCAAAGGAGAUGUCCUCUCCCAUCUAUUCACAUCUGUAGAUCUGAAGUACAAGGAUAAAUCUGUGCAUGUCUCCCUCAUCCCAAACCCAUCUCAUCUUGAGGCGAAUAACCCAGUAGCUGCAGGUAAAGCAAGGGCUAAGCAACAGUAUGAACAAGAUGGUGCAUACUCAGAUGAUCCUGAUGCUGUCCAGGGUGAUAAGGUGCUAUGUGUUCAAAUACAUGGGGAUGCAUCAUUUGCUGGUCAGGGUAUUGUCCCUGAAACCGCUCACCUUGCAUAUGCACCCCACUUCAGUGUUGGUGGUAGCCUUCAUCUGAUUGUAAACAACCAAGUAGGAUUUACCACUGAGGCACAUAUGGGCAGAUCAUCUCUUUAUUCGAGCGAUGUUGGCAAAAUCAUUGGUUCUCCAGUCAUUCGUGUCAAUGGAGAUUUUCCCGAGCAAGUCAUUGCAGCCACUAAGUUGGCCAUGGAGUAUAGGCAGAGAUUCAGAAAAGACAUCAUCAUAGACUUGAUGUGUUAUCGUCGCUGGGGACACAAUGAGAUGGAUGAUCCAUCUUUCACGCAACCAUUGAUGUAUGAUGUUAUCAGAAAUCGCAAGAGUAUUCCAGACCUUUAUGCUGAAAAAGUCAUUAAUGAAGGCCACUGUAGUUCACAAGAGUUAGAGGAAGUGACAGAACAAUGGAACAGUCACAUCAACCAAGAGAUAGCUAAAGUAGACUCACAUGUGCCAAAGGCCAAGCAUCUUGAAAGCCAGUGGUCAGGGCUGGUGCAAGCUCCACAUGAACUUACAGAGUGGGACACUGGUGUAGCUACAGAUGUAUUGCAGUAUAUAGGAGCACGCUCUGUAGCAGUUCCAGAAAGCUUGACUGUGCAUCCAACACUACUGAAGAUGCAUAUAGGCAAGAGGUUACAGAAAUUGGAGAAAGGAACAGACAUAGACUGGGCAACAGCUGAGGCACUUGCUAUGGGAUCUCUACUUUAUCAAGGUCACAAUGUUAGGAUAAGUGGGCAAGAUGUUGGUAGAGGAACUUUCAGCCACAGACAUGCCAUGUUGGUUGACCAGAACACUGAUGAAAUGUACAUACCAUUGAAUGAUCUCUCUGCAGAGCAGUCAGGCCAUUUAGAGAUUGCCAACAGUAUUCUGUCAGAGGAGGCUGUGCUGGGGUUUGAGUAUGGAAUGAGUAUAGAGAACCCAAGGACACUGGUUAUCUGGGAGGCUCAGUUUGGGGACUUCUUCAAUGGGGCUCAGAUCAUUAUAGACACCUAUGUUACUUCUGGAGAAGCUAAAUGGUUGCUGCAGAGUGGACUAGUCAUGCUGCUGCCACAUGGUAUGGAUGGGGCAGGUCCGGAACAUUCCUCUAGUAAAAUAGAACGAUUCUUACAACAAUGUGAUAGCAAAGAGGAUGGUGUAGAUGGGGACAAUGUUAACAUACAUAUAGUGAACCCAACCACUCCAGCACAAUAUUUCCAUUUACUACGCAGACAGCAAAUUCGUAAUUUCCGCAAACCAUUGAUUGUGAUUGCACCAAAGACAUUACUUAGACUGCCAGCUGCUGUGUCUUCCCUCAGCGAUAUGGCCCCAGGGAGCACAUUCAAACCAAUCAUCGGGGACAAUUCCGUCCAAUCAUCUGAUGUAGAGAGGGUAAUCUUCUGCUCAGGAAAACAUUAUUAUGCCCUAGAGAAUCACCGGGAAAAAAUCAAGGCCAAAAAUACAGCCAUCGUCAGAGUAGAGUCACUGUGUCCCUUCCCUACAGAACAGCUGCAACAAGAAAUAAAGAACUACACAAAUGCCAAAGAAUAUCUAUGGUGCCAAGAGGAACAACAAAACAGUGGGGCCUGGAGUUUCAUGGCACCACGUUUCAGGAACCUCCUCAAUACAAAUUUGAGAUAUGUUGGUCGUGGUCCAUUAAGCAUGCCAGCUGUUGGAGUUGGUGCCUGGCACCAGAAAGAGGCUGAGGAUAUUAUAUUGAAUGCAUUUCAACCAGACAAAUCUUCAUGAUGGACAUUGUCAUAGAUAUUAAUUCAUAAUAUGAUAAUUAUCAUGGAUAUGUUUAUAUAAUCUUAAAUAUCAUAUCAUCAAAUAAUGGAUGAAAUUGAUGAGCAUAAUUAUGAGGAACAUGUGAUGUAACUAUCAUGUAUAGGUUUGAUACAUUAUUAUUUGGGAGGGAGGCGAUGAUUGCUUACAUUGGUUAUUGUUAGAUCAUUUACCUCAGGUGAAAUACUGGUUACUCGAUUGUGCUAAUUAGUAUAAUAUAUAACAUAUUGACGCAUAUUAUAAGCAAAAUUUGAUUUCACAGGUUCAAAAUUUUAUUGAAUAAAUAAUUUGAAUAUUCAUGUUGAUUUACUUUCCUGGGAGAAUAUAAAUCGGGAGAUUGUGGAUUCAAUUCCCACCGAGUAGGAAUGACUUUUUCACAUCAGCCCUUAGCAUAGGAUUUGAUCCUAU